AUGGCCAAGAGCACUGCAGCCGGACAAAAGAAUUCGCAGCUGCAACCCGAAGAAGCCAAGCCGGUCGCUGAAGGUCGCGGCGUCUGGACGCCGGAAGAGCACCAGCUCUUUGUGGACGGCAUCACCCUCUUCCCAUCGGGGCCUUGGAAAGACAUUGCCAGUCAUGUGGGGACGCGCACGGCACGUCAGACCAUGACACACGCGCAGAAGUACCGGCAGAAGAUCGUGCGAAGGUUGCGCAACGCGUGUCUUAGUGACAAGUACAGCUCGCUGUUUCUCAUGGACCAGUCGUCCAGGUUCAACAUGCUGCUGAGCAACGACGAGCAAUUCAACGAUUCGAUCCUGUCCACGUCGCUGGCCAUUGCAGCGGAACAGGAGCUCAGCAGACUCGGUGUAACGGGCGAUGGCGGCGCGUCUCCAAUGGAGAUCGGCGUCGGUCCCAGCACCGCCUGGUCCAGUGUCUUUAUGGACCGCACCGACGAAAACGACAGCAACACGUACCAGGAGCACUUGCCGCUAGCAAUAAACUUUUCCUCGACAGGAGGCAGCCUGUACUACCUCGAUGGCCCUUGUGCUGAGCCCAACGACAUGGAGUUUGACAAGUGCAUGGAUUUUUUGAUCGAGACUUUCCACCACGAGACGUGA